AUGGCCUCCACCGACCGCAACGCUCCCCUCCGCCUGGGCACCAUUGCCCCCAACUUCCAGGCUGACACCACCACGGGUCCCAUUGACUUCCACGAGUUUAUCGGCGACAACUGGGUCAUCCUCUUCUCCCACCCCGAGGACUACACCCCCGUCUGCACCACCGAGCUCGGCGAGAUGGCCCGCCUUGAGCCCGAGUUCAAGAAGCGCGGCGUCAAGUUGAUCGGUCUCUCCGCCAACACCCUCGGCAGCCACGAGGGCUGGAUCAACGACAUCAAGGAUGUCACCGGCUCUCAGGUCCAGUUCCCCAUCAUUGCCGAUAAGGAGCGCAAGGUUGCCUACCUCUACGACAUGCUCGACUACCAGGACACCACCAACGUCGACGAGAAGGGCAUCGCCUUCACCAUCCGCUCCGUCUUCGUCAUCGACCCCAAGAAGACCAUCCGCACCAUCCUCGCGUACCCCGCCUCGACCGGCCGCAACUCCGCCGAGAUCCUCCGCAUCGUCGACUCCCUCCAGACCGGCGACAAGCACAAGGUCACCACCCCCAUUAACUGGGUCCCUGGUGAUGACGUUAUUGUCCACCCUUCCAUCAAGGGAGAGGAGGCCACCCGUCUCUUCCCCAACCUCAAGGCUGUCAAGCCCUACCUCCGCUUCACUCCCCUUCCCAAGGACGCUUAA